GAGCUGGCCCGAGCCGUAGUGUACUGGAGGGGCGGGGUCUAAAUUUUUGAAAGAAGGAAUAAUCCCGAAAAGGUUGAAUGGGGAUUCGAACUCGGCUCCCCCCGGUCUCUAUCCUCGCCACUCUAACCCCUACGCUAUCCCAGCGCUCAGGAUUCCAAGGCUCAGAACAGUCCUAAGAACAUCGCAACAGCCCUGCUGGCUCAGGCCCAAGGAAGCCCAUCUAGUCCAGCAUCCUCGGAUGUAACUUGGGUGGACGAUUUGGCCCGUCGUGGGACAACGAGGACCAGCGCGCACCACAGCCUUUGUCUGAGGAGGUUUCUCGUGGCCCUGGGACGCGUCAGUCGUUACUACACGCUACAUCUGGGAAUCGAGGCAAGAGCCUGAGGGAGAGGCAAGAAAUCCAGAGACGUCUUUGGCAACGCAACGGCCGCCACUAGAGGGACCACAACACCCUUUCCAACCAGGCGAUCAGGUGUACCUUGAGAAAUGGCAGAAGCCUAACCUAGAGCCACGGUGGACGGGCCCGUUUACAGUGCUCCUAGUGACCCAAACUGCAGUUCGUCUCUCUGGAUCAAAGACUUGGACCCAUCACACCCGCGUGAGAUUCGCGCCUACCCCAGCGAAGGAACCAGAAGACAACAACAACAACUGGACAGUGACCAAGCGUGGAGACCUGAGACUCACUUUACGCAAACAGCCACCACCAAAACCCCCACCAGAGCCUCUUUCCCUUGAAGACACUCUGGCAGUGUGGGAAGCAAUGGAUGAAGGACACUUUUAAUUUUCCCAAACAUUUUUCUUGCAAAGAACAAUAUUUUUAUAUAUAUAUUUUUCCCCUCUUCUUUUAAUUUUUUUUCCUGUACAAAGGGAGGAUGUAUCUCUUUUGGUGUUUAUCAUGUUAUUUCUUGUGUACAUGGUCAAUUCAACACCCACACGCUCCACUUUUACAGACUUUAGCUGACAUUGCCAACUUAAAUGACUGCUGGCUAUGCAGUCACAUGGCAAGCACAGAAGGGGAUAUUUUAAAUGUAGUGGCCAUUCCAGUCACACUUGGCUGGUGGAUUACUUAUCCACAAACCACAGAACAGCCCCAAUAUUUUUCAAAUUACACUACAUAUUGGUCUUGGGGAAAACACAGAGAAACAAUUCACUUCCAGGGAAGAAGCAUUAGUUAUAAUCGCUAUGGAUACACUAAAAGGGAAACUCUCAACAGAAAUGCCCUUGGUAUCCCGGAUAUUAAGCUUUCAAGCCACGGCUUACAUCCUAUCUGCAUUGAAAAUAGAAAUGGUACAGGGAAGUUUUUGGGAGUUAAUCCCUACCACAGCUGUACACACAUAGUGUCCUUUAACAGCACGGACGGAACAUGGUUCUCUCAACACAGAGAGAACGAACUAGAGUGUUUUCAUAUUCCUCUUGAUUUAGGAAUACCUACUUCUCUUAGAGAAUUUCUUUUUCUUAACUUCACAGACUCAGAGUGGAUCACUGUUUCAAAAGCCCUGAACCUUUAUAAUUCUUCCAUAUAUCUUACAAAAGGUCUUGGCCUUUGUCAACAGGCAAACCAAACUGAUCAUGUUUGUGAAGGCUCUAGUUUUAACACGCACACGCCUUGGUUUGACAUCUGGGUGACUAUUGCAUGUGCUUAUCCAGAGAAAAUGUCAAAAACAUGGAAGCAUUUGUUUAGCAAUACAGGUAAAGACAUUGUGGAUUUGUGUAGCCAUUAUGUCAAUUUACCUCGUUCAGGAAACAACUUAAUUGUUGCCUUACCUGCAGGCCUUUAUUGGGUCUGUGGGAACAGAGCCUAUCGUGCAUUACCCCCAGGAUGGACAGGCAGAUGUGCACCAGCCCAUUUAGCACCUACCAUUUAUGUGAAACCUUCACUUAAUGCAUCACAAGUUCUUAAUCUUGGAAGCUUGUUACACAGAACACGAAGACAAGCCAAAAUCAAUUAUGUUCCAAAUCCUUUAGCUACACGAAACACAAAGUUCCAUCAAUGGACAAGAACCAUACUACCUAGGUUAGGAGUAAAUCAACUAGAAAAAGCUAUAAUAAAUAUUUCCAGACAAAUCGAACUCUCAUUUAACCAGACUCUGUUAGCCUUAACUGAUAUGGGUACAGAGAUAAAUUCAUUAGGAGAAGUAGUCAGGCAAAAUCGUAGAGCUUUAGAUAUUCUCACAGCUCAAGAGGGAGGAGCUUGUGCAGUUCUAGGUGAGGUUUGUUGUUUUUAUGUCAAUGAGACUGGAUCUAUCGCUGCUCAUGUUCAAAAUCUUAAAGACCAACUUCAAAUAUGGCAUAACAUGGGAAAGGAAAACCCUAUGGAUAUAUGGGCAUGGCUCACUUCUUGGUUACCCAAUUGGGGAUUGUGGGCACAGAAGAUAAUCAUAAUUAUCGUAUGUAUUUGUCUUUUAUUGAUAAUCACAUGUUGCUGCUUGCAAUGCAUUCCAACUUUAAUUCAAUUGUUUAUGAAAGCUUUUAGACCCCGCCACAGUUUGGGACCUAAAUACACAUCCGUACCCUAACAAGCGUUAAUGAGGGCAUCCUGAAGCAUCCUGAAGAUUCAGGAUGAUCUAAUUCUUUCAGGGGGGAAUUGAUGUGUUUUAGUAAACCAAAGCUACUCCAUUUUGUUAGUAAACCAAAGAAACUCUCUUUUGAAAGCUAAAAAGCUCUAACUCAGAGAAACCUCAGCAAGGCCAAGGACACAGACUCUGCAACAUUGCUUUAACAAUAGCCGUCACUACUCUUAUCUCUCUAGCUCGCAUAGUAGCAAUUGCAAUGCUAACCAAGCUAGGUUCCCAUGAGAAACGCUUGAAAUGCUAACGCUGAAGAAGGAGCGGAUCUAACCAUAUUAGGGAAAUCACCUGAUGGACGAUAGUCAAGUCACGCAUGCGUGCUUGAAAGGGGUUAGGUCACAGUUGGUAUGUGCAUUAGGGUCAAGAGCCUUUUUGCAUUCAUGUUGUUGUUUGUAUAAAAGGACAUCUCUAGCUGUAACUCAUUGUAUUCAAUGUGAUGCGUGAGCUACAUUGUCUACCUUGCUGUCGCGAAGCAAUAAAGCCUCUG